AAACAAAAGUCAACAAUAAAUUAAAUUUUUUAUUCAUAUACACCAUGACGCACUAUUACUUUUGCAUCAAUCAAAAGAAUAUAUCAAACAAUUCUAAUUUAAAUAUUAGUUUAAUUAAUUUUAAUGUAAAAAUAACAUUAUUCUUGCAUUAAAAUUUGAUUAAUCUACAUUAUUUCUUUUAUAAUUUGUUAAUUAAUAACGUUUAAAAUUUUAUAAUAUUUUAAUUUAUAAUAAACAUAGUUCAUGAAGUGACUUUCUAAUAAACCCAUGAAAGAAAAUAAUUUAUAAAUCACAGUUACUAACAAAAAUUUAGUUUGCAAAAAAAUAAUUAUCGACAAAUAAUAUGACUUAAGGAGAAAAAAAACUGUAUUAUUAUUUGUAUUACAUAUUAUUUAAAUAUUGCAACAAUAUUCUUAUUUUAUAUUAAAUAUUAUUACAUAAGAUAAUAUGUAUGUGUUAAAAAAAAAGUAUAUAUUGGAUUUCUUGUUUGCAAUUAAAAAAUUAUUAUUGACAACAUUUUGAAUGCUAAAUUACGUUAAUAGUAGAUAAUUUAUACUUUGUGUUUUAUACGUAAUUCAUACGUGUUUUAUACAAUUCAUCUUGUGAUCUACAUGCUGGAUGUGUCAUACAUUAUAGCAAUUACUUUAUGCGCUGCAUCCCAAGGGUGAUAAAUACUAAUUGAAGAGCACUAUUUUUAUUUCAGGAAUAACAAUAGAACAACAAAUAAUUCCUGAGUACUGUUUUAUUAUUCCAGACAGCAACUAUUCGCAGUUUUAAACUUAAACUCUUUAGAUGUGGAACAGUAAUAGAACAGAAUUACGUGCUAAUUUAUAAAUUUGUUGUGUAAAAAAUAGUCUUAAAUUGUACAUUCAGAAAAGAUGCAUUCGCAAUCACUUUAUUAAAGUCGAAGACAUAGUCAAUAAUUUAGUGAAUAAUCAUUAGACCACUGUGUAUGUGUCUGUGUGUGUGUGUCAAGAAUUUAAGUUUAAUAAAUUAUAGUUCACGAGUGACAUUUUGCUGAUCAUGUUCAAUCCGUUGUGGAAAUUGCAAAGACGAUUUAAAAAAGAAAUGUGGAAAAGAUGGCAGCUGUUUCACGCUACGGACUUUUUAUCUCUGAUGUAUCCUUGCUUCACCAUCUGUCGUAUUCUUGGAAUGUUCCCGUACAAGAUCAACGAUUCGAUAUUCGAGGCAUCCAGAUCACGAUACGUAGUACUGACUAUCAUUAGCUGCGUCACCUGCGUUUAUCAAUUGACAAAGAUUUAUGAAAUCAACAUAUUAAAUGUCAGGGGUUCGGUAAUCGCAAAAAUUCAGGACAAUUGUUUUACCAUUCUCGGAAGUUUCAUAGUAAUUGUUUCGUCUAUUUUGAGUAGUCAACGAAUGCGCUUACUACAGGUCAUAUUAGGAGUCUCUUCAAAAUUACCACCAAAGUCAUAUAAAAAACUAUCCAAAUUGAUACAUUUCAAGGAUAUAUUCGGUUUUCUCUCGUUAACGGUGCAUGGGAUGCUGUCAAUUGGACGUAUGAGUCCAAAAGUCGGUUUGUCUGUAUUAACAAGACUAAUAGAAAAUUACAACAACUUACAAAUAUUUCAAAUGAAUAUGCUGUAUAUGAAUUGUGUUUGUAUAUUAAAAGCUUGUUUCAAGCGAAUCGAUGACAAACUGAUCAAUCUACGAGAGUUAAUAAUAAAUGAUAAAUCGCAUAUUCCUAGACUGAUCUGUCGUGAGCAAAGGAAUCCACUCCUACUGGAAGAGAUUAAAACUUUAAAGAAACAGUAUUUGCUAGUUACGGACACAGUGCAAAUGCUGAACAAAAUUUUUAGUCCACAGCUCCUCGCAACUUUUAUUAUGGUCUUCGUCGAAAUUACUUUCGAAUUAUACACGAAUACGGUACAAUGGCAUAACGGGCUGUUUAUCAAUUUGUUUAACCAGAUUCAUGAAACAUUCUUGAUGUUCUACGUAAUGUACUUUGUUAUAAAAAUAGUAUUGAUAGUGUGGGCCUGCGAAACCGGCAAAAAUCAAGCUAUAAAAAUUAGCACCACUGUUCAUGAUUUUCUUAAUAUCAUCAGUGACGAGGAAAUAAAAGAUGAGUUGCAAUCGUUUUCUUUGCAAAUAAUGCAUCACGACAUCACAUUUUCCGCUAAAGGUCUUACUGUCGAUGCGACAUUCCUCACAACAAUGGUGGGUACUAUUACCACGUACCUUUUAAUUUUAAUUCAAUUCUUUAUGACGACCCAUUCAUGCGGAAAGGCUGGAAUCAACGUUUAACAAUCUAAUUAAAAAACAUUGUUUACAAACAUUUUCUUUGCAAAUAAUGCACCGCAAUAACACAUUUUCCGCUAAAGGUCUUACCGUGGAUGCAACACUCCUUACUGCAAUGGUGGGAACGAUUAGCACAUACCUUUUAAUUUUAAUUCAAUUCUUUAUGACGGCACAUUCAUGCGGAAAAGCUGGAAUCUACGUUUAACAAUCUAAUUAAAGAACAUUAUAUUUCCGGACCGGAAGCCAAUAUAUCAGUUCUGGAGCAGCGCUAUCUCUUUCGUAGAUCAAUGCAACGAUAGUUAACAAAAUUCUAAAUUUAAUACUGUAUAAAAUUGAUAUUAAUAACAUUUACAAAACUAUAGAUAUA